UUGAAUAAUAUACUUUACGCAGAUGUAAAAAAACUUUUAACAAUUUUUAAUUAGUUAAAUUAUUAAAUAAGUUAAAAAAAUGAAACAACAAAGACGAAGAGAAGGUGACAAACCAAUUAUGUGUGAAGAAAUUUCUUCUACGUUCGAAAGAAAUCUGUCAAAUUUAAAAAUCUCCCACGAACGAAAUUUCCUAACUCAAGUAACUCAUGUAAAUCAACGACAUUAUGCAAAUCCUAGAGAUCCUACAUCCCGAUCAAAUCCUAAGUAUGAAGAAGACAAUGGCUUGAAUACAACCCAAGCAACAAUAGCUGUGUUAAUUAUAUUCAUUACUUCACUAGUAGCAGUUUCAUUAAUUUAUAUGAAUUUUCCACCUUUAGAAGAUUAUGAAAAAAAGUUCAUAAAAUUACCAUGGGAUAUAGAAGAGGCAAAACAAUUAGGUGUUGUAUUGGAGCGAUACAAAGAUAGAUAUUUUUUUGAAGUUUUAUCUGGAAUCUGUGUGGUUUACGUAUUUUUGCAAACAUUUGCAAUACCGGGUUCAUUAUUUUUAUCUAUUCUGUCAGGCUUUUUGUUCCCAUUUAUCACAGCAAUAACUUUGAUAUGUGUCUGCUCCACAUUGGGCGCAUCAUUGUGUUAUAUGCUAUCACAAUUACUAGGAAGAAAAAUUAUAAAACAUUAUUUCCCUGAACGAGCAGCUGAAUGGGCAAAAACAGUCAAUCGUAAUAAAAAUGAUUUAUUCAAUUAUAUGUUGUUCUUACGAAUAACUCCUUUGCUGCCAAAUUGGUUUAUUAAUUUAGUGGCCCCUGUAGUUGGAGUACCAUUGUUUCCUUUUGCAUUUGGUACUUUAUUCGGUGUUAUGCCUCCGUCCAUUUUGGCUAUACAAGCUGGUAAAACUCUCAAUAAUCUCACAUCUACAAGUACAUUAUCAUUGAAUUCGGUUUUGGUGCUAGGAGGACUAGCAGUGGGGUCUUUAGUGCCUGUUCUGUUUCGUCAGAGACUCAAAAAGAAAUUUGAAUAAUGUUGUUGUGUUUUA